CCGCUUGGAAUGAAGAUGGUGGCGAGUGUCCGGGUGCAGAAGCUGGUCCGCCGGUAUAAGCUGGCGAUCGCCACGGCGCUGGCCAUCCUGCUCAUCCAGGGCCUGGUGGUGUGGAGCUUCAGCAGCCUGGAAGAGGACGACCAGGGAGAGAAGGGGCGGCAGAAGAAGGCCCGGCUGCUUGAAAAUGGGGAAGGUUCCAAGGAUUCAGACAGCUCAGCGGGCCGACGGGGCAGCUUGAGCCGGAAGCACGGACGAUGGAAGAGUCGCCCAGACAAUCCCGGUGUCCUGGUGGCCAAAGUGGUGAGAGCCGUCACGGUGAAGCACAAACCCGGGCGCCGGCUGCCUGUCUACUUGGACUCCUCGAGUCAGAGGAACCUGACGGAGCUCCGAGGGGACGUCCAGCUGUCUGUCUUCCAGCACGGGGACACCGGCAGUGUGGAAGGAGCGCCCCAGCCCACGGAGAACAACUUCACUCCCAAGUGUGAGAUCACGGGCAAGGAUGCGCUGUCUGCAUUAGCCAGAGCCAACAGUAAGCAGUGCCAGCAGGAGAUUGCCAAUGUGGUGUGCUUGCACCAAGCCGGGAACCUCAUGCCGCACUCGGUGCCCCGGCAGUGCCAACUCUCAGGGAAAGUCAGCCCCGUAAUCCAGUGGGAUGAGAGCAGAAUGCUGCAGGCCUCAGUGAGCAAGCCGGUUCGGAUUGCCUACAUGCUGGUAGUUCACGGGCGAGCCAUCCGCCAGCUGAAGCGCCUCAUCAAGGCCGUGUACCACCAGCAGCACUUCCUCUACAUCCACGUGGACAAGCGUUCCGCUUACCUGCACCGCGAAGUGGUGGAGCUGGCCCAACACUAUCCCAACAUCCGGGUCACGCCCUGGCGCAUGGUCACCAUCUGGGGUGGGGCCAGCUUGCUGAAGAUGUACCUGCGCAGCAUGAAGGACCUGCUGGAGGUGAAAGACUGGACCUGGGACUAUUUCAUCAACCUCAGUGCCACCGACUACCCGACCAGGACCAAUGAGGAGCUAGUGAUGUUUCUGUCCAAAUACCGAGACAAGAACUUCCUGAAAUCUCACGGCCGAGAUAAUGCCAGAUUCAUCAAGAAGCAGGGCCUGGACAGACUCUUCCACGAAUGCGACUCUCAUAUGUGGCGGCUGGGCGAACGGCAGAUCCCAGAGGGCAUCGUGGUGGAUGGUGGCUCAGAUUGGUUCGCCCUCACUCGCAGGUUUGUGGAGUAUGUGGUCUACACCAGUGACCGACUGGUCUCCCAGCUGCGGCAGUUCUACACAUACACGCUUCUCCCGGCAGAGUCUUUCUUCCACACUGUCCUGGAGAACAGCCACGCCUGCGAGACCCUUGUAGACAACAACCUCCGGGUGACAAACUGGAACCGCAAGCUGGGCUGCAAAUGCCAGUAUAAGCACAUCGUGGACUGGUGCGGCUGCUCACCCAACGACUUCAAGCCCCAGGACUUUCUGCGACUGCAGCAACUCUCCAGGCCCACCUUCUUUGCCCGGAAGUUUGAGUCGACGAUCAACCAGGAGGUGCUGGAGAUCUUGGACUCUCAUCUCUAUGGUAACUACCCAGCUAACACGCCAGCCCUCAAGGCCUAUUGGGAGAGCGUCUAUGACCGCGUGGACGGGCUGAGCGGGCUCAGCGACAUCACCCUGACUGUGUACACAUCCUUCUCCAGGCUGGGGCUGCAGAAAGUGACAGCAACGCCAGGGCGGAAAGAAGAGAAGCUCUGCAGAUUUGAGCCGCAGGGCUUCCCAUCCAGUGUGCACCUGUAUUUCUACGAUGACCAUUUCCAGGGCUACUUGGUGACUCAGGAAGUGCAGAACUCUGUAUCGCGGCAGGUGGAAUCUCUAGAAGUGUGGAUGAUGCCCCGAGGGACUCUGAAAGUAGCAGGUCACGGCAGACAAACUAACCGUUUGCAGAAUCUCGAGGUAGGUACUGAAUGGGACCCCAAGGAGAGGAUCUUCCGCAACUUUGGGGGGUUGAUUGGGCCUUUCGACGAACCAGUGGCCAUGCAGAAAUGGGCCCGGGGGCCCAACCUCACAGCCACCGUAGUCUGGAUUGACCCCACCUACAUCAUCGCUACAUCCUAUGACAUCACGGUGGACGCAGAGGCCGAGUUCACGCAGUACAAGCCUCCCCUCAACCGGCCCCUCCGCCCAGGCGUGUGGACCAUCCGUCUCCUCCAGUUCUGGGAGCCGCUGGGAGAGAGCCAGUUCCUGGUGGUCCCACAGACCUUCAACCACAAGCAACCUCUCAGGAAAGAUGACGGGAAGUGGCUGCACGCCGGUCCGCCCCGCAACGAGUACAUGGACCAGAAUUUCCAGGGCCUGGCUGGGAUCUUGAGCCUUCCCCGUGUGGACGAAACAGGGCGAGCCUCCCAUCAGCACACGCAGCUGGUGGGCCACGCUCUGGAGAAUUGGACGGACAGCAGUGUCGGCAACUUCUGGUCGGUGGCCGGCCUCUGUGUGGCAAGCCCCUCCAGCUGCUCCACCCUGGAGCUCUGUAGCAAAACCUCCUGGAGUUCGCUGUCCCCCGACCCCAAGUCGGAACUGGGGGCCAUCAAGCCCAACGGGCGGCUGAGGUAGCAGGGGCAGCCGGCAGCACAUUGUUGGGAUCAAAGGAAGCAUUCCCCCAUGGCCGGCGUGGGGUAUGCCUAUGCUCCCCCUCCUCUCCACAGGGCAAACUCUGGACUGCACCAUCCUGUGAAAACGCACCAUCUUCACCCGGGCAAAGACGAGAGGGGGGGCCCUUUUCAGCAGAGCAGGAAGCGGUCCUGUCUGUUGGCGGCGCAGACAUGGUGCGAGGGCAGAGGCCCCGCCCACCAUCCUCAGGAUUGGCUGGAGAGAGGGUGUGGCUAGGAGAGGCUUCUCUCUUAUGGAUGCAAGCAUUGGAAACACUCUAAGAUGGGCAGGUCAGCUGUCCAGCUUCCUGGCUCCAGUAGGCUUAAGCCAGCAGGCCCUUCUGCACUGUGGAUGAUGCUCUGCAAGACCAGGACUCUUUGUCCCCAAAGGGUUGCUGGCAGAGGAUUCUGGGAAAUGGCGGGGUGGGGUCGAUGGGGAAUGCAGGGAGCCCGGCUGUCACAUACUGGGUCUGUGUCCUCUGAGCACGGCUGGUGCUGGCUUGAUUGACCUGUCUCCCAUCCUCCCACUCCAUCCUUUUAGUUCUUAUUUUUUUAUAAAUGUGUAUGUAUGUGUGUGUGCGUGUGUGUGUGUAUAUAUAUAUAUAUUAAAAACAAAACAAAGUGCAAUAGAGACCAUGGUCAUCCCCACCACCACCACCACAAUUCAGUGUUUCCAUUUUCUUCCUCCGUUGUAAGAUAAGCUGGCCCUCCCUUGGUGAAUUUGUUGGGGUGGGAAGAAGAGGGUGGAACACUUGGUUCCUUCCAAGCAAGGCUGGAUGCUUGGAUCUUGCUGCUGGCAUUUGAGAGAGGAUCUC